ACAACAUCACUUGUUAGCUAGUAGUAACGGAUAGUAUUAUAAAACGACAAUGUUUAGGUUAAUAGCACAUAAAUGUGCUAGAAAAAAUUACUUAAAUAAUAACAUUUUUAAAAAUGUAAAACGUUGUGUUACACAGAGUCCGAAAUCGGAGAAUUUGUUUCCAGAAAGGGUCGACUUCCCAAGUCGACAUAUCGGACCUCGAGACCAUGAUGUGGUUACUAUGUUGGACCUCUUGGGAUACAAGAGCCUCGAUCAGCUAACAGACGAUGCUGUGCCAAAACAAAUCCAAUUUCAAGGUCUUAUGGACAUCAAUGAACCAAUAAGUGAAUAUGACCUUAUCGAUAGAGCCCGAGGGAUAGCUGAGAAGAAUCAGAUAUGGCGAUCAUACAUCGGCAUGGGAUACCACAACUGUUGUGUUCCACACUCGAUCAUGAGAAACAUGUUCGAAAAUCCUGGAUGGACGACGCAAUACACUCCUUAUCAACCAGAAAUAGCUCAAGGUCGUUUGGAGAGUUUGUUGAACUACCAGACAAUGGUCAGCGAUAUGACUGGACUCGAUGUGGCUAAUGCAUCUCUGUUGGAUGAAGGAACUGCUGCAGCCGAAGCUUUAUCUCUAUGCCACAGGCACAAUAAGAGAAUGAAAUUUGUCGUUUCCGAGCGUAUUCAUCCACAAACCCUGGCAGUGGUACAAACUCGGUUGGAUGCUCUGGGUCUCGAUGUAAAAGUCAUGACAGAUGUGCGAGAAGCCGAUUUCGCACAGCGAGAUAUUUCAGCAGUACUGCUGCAAUGUCCGGAUACUCGAGGUCUGGUAUACGAUUAUUCAGGAUUAGCUGCUGCGGCUCAGGAACAUGGGACAUUAGUUGUGGUCGCAACUGACCUUCUCGCGCUAGCCCUAUUGCGACCACCAGCGGAAUGUGGUGCAAACUUGGCAGUCGGCACUUCCCAAAGACUUGGAGUGCCCUUGGGCUAUGGAGGACCUCACGCCGGAUUUUUCGCAGCUGAACAUGCGCUGGUUAGAAUGAUGCCUGGUCGUAUGGUUGGAGUCACUAGAGAUGCUGCUGGGAGAGAUGCUUACAGGUUAGCUCUUCAAACAAGAGAGCAGCAUAUUCGUCGAGACAAAGCGACGUCAAACAUCUGCACCGCUCAAGCUCUUCUGGCCAACAUGUCAGCAAUGUUCGCCGUGUACCAUGGACCACAGGGGUUGAGGGAUAUCGCUACUCGUGUACAUAACGCUGCUCUAGUUUUGGAUUAUGGAAUAAGGCAACGCGGUCACAAGCAAUCCAACGAAGUUUACUUCGACACGCUUCACGUUGUACCGACGGCUGACCACGACGCGAACGCUAUAAAAGCACGUGCCCAAGAGAAGAAAAUAAACUUGAGAUAUUUCAAAGACGGUGCUGUUGGUGUGGCAUUAGACGAAACAACUACUAUGCAAGAUGUUGACGACCUAUUGUGGAUCUUUGAUGGUGAAAAAGUGGAUGAGGUCGUAAAAAAUGACGCCUUGAGAUCUCGGAGUUUACUGAAGGGACCUUUCCGAAGAACGUCGCCGUAUCUAACUCAUCCAGUUUUCAAUAUGCACCAUUCUGAGAGUAAAAUCGUUAGAUACAUGAAAAGACUGGAGAACAAGGACAUAUCCUUGGUCCACUCCAUGAUUCCCUUGGGUUCCUGCACCAUGAAAUUAAACUCGACGACUGAGAUGAUGCCUUGUUCCUUUAAACACUUUACGGACAUCCAUCCAUUUGCCCCACUAGAACAAUGUCAAGGGUACCAUACAUUGUUCGCGGAGUUGGCGCAAGAUCUAUGUGCUGUCACUGGCUACGACCGUGUCUCGUUUCAACCAAACAGUGGUGCCCAAGGCGAGUAUGCCGGUCUUCGUACCAUCAAACGCUACCACGAGUUCCGCGGCGACACGGGCCGCAACAUUUGCCUCAUCCCGGUCAGCGCGCACGGCACCAACCCCGCGUCGGCCCACAUGGCCGGCAUGCGGGUGUGUGCUAUAAGGGUCACCGCCAACGGGGAUAUCGAUAUGGACCAUUUGAAGGAUAUGGUGGAGCAACACAGCAGCCAGCUGUCCUGCCUCAUGCUGACGUACCCCAGCACAUUUGGCGUUUUUGAAGAGCGCGCGGCGGACGUGUGCGCACUCGUGCACGCGCACGGCGGACAGGUCUACCUGGAUGGUGCCAAUAUGAACGCACAGGUGGGACUGUGUCGACCAGGCGACUAUGGUAGCGAUGUUUCACAUUUAAACCUUCACAAAACCUUCUGUAUACCGCAUGGAGGUGGUGGCCCAGGAAUGGGGCCUAUUGGAGUGAAAGCUCACCUUGCACCAUUCCUACCGUCUCACCCAGUGGUAGACCCACUCGCAGACCUUGGUGACGCAGCACAUAGUUUCGGUUCAGUUAGUGCUGCGCCUUUUGGAUCUUCAGCCAUUUUGCCAAUUUCUUGGGCGUACAUCAAGAUGAUGGGACCGAAAGGACUGAGAAAGGCAACACAAGUAGCUAUUUUGAACGCUAACUACAUGUCUCGUAGACUCGACGGACAUUACAAAACAUUAUACAAGGGAGAGAGAGGAUUGGUUGCUCACGAGUUCAUAAUUGAUGUCAGAGAUUUAAAGAAAACAGCUAACAUUGAACCCGGAGAUAUUGCUAAAAGACUAAUGGACUUUGGUUUCCAUGCACCGACGAUGUCUUGGCCAGUCGCUGGAACUCUCAUGAUUGAGCCUACAGAAUCAGAAGAUUUGCAAGAGAUAGAUCGCUUCUGCGAAGCUUUAAUUGCUAUUAGAAAAGAAAUCAAAGAUAUCGAAGAUGGUGUGAUGGAUAAGAGAUUGAAUCCUUUAAAGAUGGCUCCCCAUACUCAAGAAGAAGUUAUAACUGAAGAAUGGAAUCGUCCAUACACAAGAGAGCAAGCCGCUUUUCCAGUGCCGUAUGUAAAAGGUGAAACUAAAAUCUGGCCUACAGUGAGCAGAAUCGACGAUAUGUAUGGCGACAAACAUCUAGUAUGUACCUGCCCACCUGUUAUAGACGACUUCUAGUCUGUAAAUAAAACGCUGUAUACUUUCUUUAUGAAUUCAUUUUCAUCAAUAUUGUCAUAGAAUAAAUUACGUAAUAACAGA